AACUUGCUCUCUAUUGUGCUGCCAUCUGUUGAGAUUAGAGAGAACCACCGGCAAAAAUAAGGUAAAUAAGAUUUGUUUUGGUUUGGAUUUUUCUGAAGUAUGGCAUGUUCGAAAAGAAAUUCGGUAGACUCGAUUAAUGAAUUCACACCUCUAGACAAAUCUGAAAUUGAGGUUUGUAGCAAACAUGGAAUUCAAACCAAAGUCUCAGGAAUCCAUAUAGGUUUUAUGGAAAGUCGAUAUUAUGUUAACUUCAGAGCUCCUCCUCAAAGUGAUUUGAAUAGUGAAAAAUUGAGCCCAGACGAGGAAGAAUGGUUGGAAUAUAUGGUGUUCAUAGAAGAAGACCUUCAUUGGUUGCUUAAAUUACCAUACCACAGAUUUUGGUCUCAGAUUGUAUACGAUGAAAACCUUCAUCGGUGUUUGGAAUCUUAUUUGUCACAAGCACCAAGGGAUUAUGAUAUUCCAAAUUUGAAUCUUAGGGAAGAUCUUCUCUCUGCUCUGAAAAAAGUUCAUAAAUUAGUGUUCCUAGUCUACUUAAGAAUGUCAACAUGUAAAGAAUCUAAGCAAAAUCACCUGACACCUUCUGCAUUUGGAGAAAUGGUUUAUGACAAUUUUAUAUUUGACAUUCCAAAACUGAUGGACUUAUGUGCAUUAUAUGGUCUUAAGAAUUCUGCCCUUCUCAGCAAAAUGAUGCAAAAUAUAUUCUCAACUCAACCAAAAUAUAUGGAUGACUUAAACGAAACUUCAAAAAUGAUACUUACGGUAUUUAAUCUUGUAGAAGAAAAGUUGCUAGAUAUUUCAGUUAAAAAAUCACACACAGCUAGUGAAAAUGGCGAAAUAUGUGAAUUAGUUCCGUACCAUGAUGUAUUGAACUAUAUUACAGAUAAGAGUUUCACACUUUAUUCAUUUAUAGAAACCUAUCCUGAAUCGUGCCAAAUAUUUAAUCAAAAUGGAGUCAUUGUGAGGUUGCCUAUUUUUUAUGAGCAAGCGUUUUCUAUUCUUGAAAAAGAAAUGUCUAACAUGGGGGAAGACUUGGAAAAUAACAGUGCAUUUGAAGAUAUAAAAGGAAAAAUAACUUUGUCCAAAACUCUUCUGGUUAAAAUCUUCAGAAGCAUUUUAAAUUAUGCUUACAUCCAAAAUCUUCUGACUGCCAAAGGUUCUGAGAAGGAUGAAAAAGCAUCAGUUGAUUUACUAGCUGAAGAAGGAUAUUUGGAGGUUAUGUUAGAACUGAUUUCUUCUAAAAGUUUCCUCAUAGACUACAAUCUUCUGUAUCCCCUUGAUGAAGAUUUGGUAUUUUUUAAUGAAAUAGAAAUUCAUCUAGAUCCCGAGAAAGUGAAUCGAAUAUUUUGUGUUCUGCUAAAUGAUGACUCACCACAAACCUUACCUUCUUCAUCUUCUGUGUCAAAUGGUGCUCGUCCAAAAUCUCACAAAUCUUCCCCAGAAAAUUCUCAGGAACCUCGUGUAAAAAGUUUACAAGGUUUAGCUGACUUACUGCGAGAUAAACCACCUGAAAAUAGUGAUUCAACAAAUCAGAUAUUCUCUAAGAAGAAGGGCAUUAUUCCUGAUCAUGAAGAACUGAAAUCCCUUGUUCAAUCUGUACUUGACAUUUUGAAUGGAUAUGGAGAAGGAUUCAUUCAGAAGUGCUUAGAGCAUUAUGAUUAUGAAUCAGAACAAGUGAUAAAUGCUUUGUUGAGUGAUUCCUUGCCUGAUCAUUUAAGCUGUCUUGAUAAGCAGAUGGACUGGAAUUCCACAAAUAAAGAAAUCUAUACUGUUUUAUCUGAAAGAAAAAAUGUUUUUGAUAAUGAUGAAUUUGACAUUUUUUCUAGAAAUAAUGUGAACAUGGAAAAUAUUCAUAAAGGGAAAAAGAAUAAAACUUCCGAAUCGUAUCAAAGUUUGCAAAAGGAUAAAGAUUCAGAGUUUUUGAAGGAGUUAACUUUAAACUAUGAAUAUGAGGAAGAUGAUUCUAGAGUCAACCUAUAUGAGGACGAAUAUGAUGAUACGUAUGAUUCUGUAAUGAUUGGUCUAAAAGAACCUGAAAUUGAUCCUGAUGAUGAUGUAGAAGAAAAAGAACCACCGAAAAGGGGCGAUGACUUGAGAGACAAACCUCAAGAUUUCUGCAUUAAUCCGGAGAUCCUGAGAGAACGGAGAAAUAAAUUCAGACAAGACGUCAGACCAGGAGGCUCUCGACCGACAGGAAAUGAUAGGCAGCAAAAAGAUCGAUCCAAAGCUAAAGUAGGAAAUCAUAACAGACGGAAACAGUCUGAUUUUAAAAGGUCGCGUGGCAUGGGAGCUUUUCCCCCUAGGUGACAUAUACAGCAAUUGUGUUUUGUAAAAAAAAUUUCUACAAUAUUGUCAUACUGUUGUAUAAUUUGGUAAGGUUCAGAAUUUAUUAAUAAAUAAAAUAUUUUUUAGAUUUUU